AUGGCUUGUGACUCUCCAAAGCAGGCUUGGGACAAACUCAAGGAGGAGUUUCAAUGGUUAGACAAGACCAGACAGCAACAACUGAUAAACUUGAGAAGAGACUUCGAGAAUUUAAGGAUGAAGGAGUCUGAAACCAUCAAGCAGUAUGCUGACAGGAUUAUGGCCACAGUCAACAACAUAAGACUGCUUGGAGAUGAGUUUAGUGACCAAAGGGUGGUUGAGAAAGUUAUAACAACCUUACCAGAGAAGUAUGAAUCAAAAAUUUCUUCUUUGGAAGACUCGAGGGACCUAUUAGCCAUUCGCUUGACAGAGUUGAUAAAUGCUCUCUAUGCACAAGAGCAAAGAAGAGCAAACAGAAUGGAGGAGCACUCUGAGGGAGUUUUUCAAGCCAAGAGUAGAGAAAGCUCAAGUUCAAGCUCAAGUUACAAAGGUAAGAAGCCUUGGCUAGAAAAGAAAGAGAAAGGCAAGAAGGAUGCUGCCAAAAAGAAGUUUCCACCUUGUGCUCAUUGCAAGAAGACUACUCACCUUGAAAAAUACUGUUGGCACAGACCAGACAUUCAGUGUAGAAGUUGCAAACAGCUUGGACACAUUGAAAAAAUGUGUAAAAACAAGCCAAAAGCACAGACACAGCACCAGAACCAAGCUCAGGCUGCUGAGGAUGUGGAAGCACUGGAAGAGCAUGUCUUUACAACCUCUUCUUUUGCAAGCUCGAGCAAGGUCAGCAAAAAUUGA